CACACACUCCGCCGGGCUCCCGCGCGAGCCGUGCUGCAGUGUGUGCGCGUGCAGCACUGCAGAGCCCGCGCCCGGAGCCGCACGCACCGCGCUGCGGGGUCCAUUCUGUUAAUAGAGCAAGGAGAGCUGUGAAAAACAUCCAGGGUAGAAUUUUUCUGCCUCCCUUUGGGUGGAGCGAACAGAUCUAAUCCGUGAGUAAUGUGCAGACCAGUGGAUGCCCUCCAUUAUGAGAGAGAAAAAUUAAGGUGAAGAGAAUAAUCUGCAGUAUUGAAGCAUGAGUGCUGAUGCCAAUCAGGGGGUGAUCACAACCCCUCCCCCUCCCAGCAUGCCUCACAAGGAGAGGUAUUUUGACCGCAUCAAUGAAAAUGACCCAGAGUACCUCCGGGAGAGGAACAUGUCUCCUGAUUUAAGGCAAGACUUCAACAUGAUGGAGCAAAGGAAGAGGGUCACUCAGAUACUGCAGAGUCCCGCUUUCCGAGAAGACCUGGAAUGUCUUAUUCAAGAACAGAUGAAGAAGGGCCAUAACCCAACUGGACUGCUUGCAUUGCAGCAGAUUGCCGAUUACAUUACAGCCAGCUCUUUUGCAGGUUUUUCUUCAUCUCCACUCAGCCAUGGAAUGGUGACCCCCAUCAAUGACCUUCCUGGAAUAGAUACCUCCUCGUUUGUUAAGGGAGAAAAACUUACUCGUUGCAAGUUAGCCAGCUUGUAUAGGUUGGCUGACUUGUUUGGGUGGGCACAUCUGGCAAACUCCUACAUCACAGUAAGAGUGAGCAAAGAACAUGACCACAUUCUUAUCAUUCCAAGAGGUCUGUCUUUUUCUGAAGCAUCCGCCUCCAAUUUGGUUAAAGUAAAUAUCCUAGGAGAUGUAGUUGACCAGGGGAGUACCAAUCUGAGCAUCGACCAUGCAGGAUUCAGUCCACACACGGCCAUCUACUCCACGCGCCCUGAUGUCAGAUGUGCGAUACAUAUACACACUCCUGCAACAGCGGCCGUUUCUUCCAUGAAGUGUGGGAUCCUUCCUAUCUCUCAAGAGGCUCUGAUUCUGGGAGACAUUGCUUAUUACAACUAUCAAGGAUCUCUUGACGAACAGGAGGAGAGAAUUCAGCUGCAGAAAGUUCUUGGGCCCAGUUGCAAGGUGCUGGUGUUGAGGAACCAUGGCGUGGUAGCUCUAGGAGAGACAUUAGAGGAGGCUUUUCAUUAUAUUUUCAAUGUGCAGCUAGCCUGUGAAAUACAGGUUCAUGCAUUAGCUGGUGCCGGUGGAAUAGACAAUCUUCUUGUACUAGACCUGCAGAAAUACAAGCCUUUCACACACAAUGUGGCAGCAGCUGGAGGAGGUGGUGUUAAUAUGGCCUCUCAACAGAAGUGGAAGGUUGGAGAGCAAGAGUUUGAAGCUCUUAUGAGGAUGCUAGACAACUUGGGGUACAGAACUGGCUAUGCCUAUAGGCAGCCCUUAGUCAGAGAGAAACCCAAGCACAAGAGCGACGUUGAGAUCCCAGCCACUGUGACUGCCUUUUCUUUCGAAGAUGAUUCGGUUCCACUUUCCCCCCUCAAAUUCCUAGCACAGAGACAACAGAGGGAAAAGACAAGAUGGCUGAACUCUCCCAAUACAUACUUGAAAGUGAAUGUGCCUGAGGAGUCUUGGAACGGAGAAAUGAGUCCCAGGACUAAGAUCACGUGGAUGAAAGCUGAUGAGUCAUCCAAAACCAGCGGAGGAACUCCAAUCAAAAUUGAAGAUCCGAACCAGUUUGUUCCUCUAAAUACGAACCCCAGUGAAGUGCUGGAAAAGAGAAAUAAGAUUAGGGAGCAAAACCGAUAUGACCUGAAGACAGCAGGACCACAGUCUCAGUUGCUUGCUGGAAUUGUCGUGGAUAAAAAACCCUGUCCACCCAUGCAGUUUGAAGAAGAUGAGCAUGCACCACCAGCCCCUCCCAAUCCCUUCAGCCGUUUUACAGAAAAAGAACUGGAAGAGUACAAGAGGACGAUUGAGCGCAAGCAGCAAGGAGUGGAAGAUGCUGAACAGGAAUUAUUCUCAGAUGACGGUUCAUCUGUGUCACAAAUUCAGUCACAAACUCAGUCCCCGCAAAAUGUCCCAGAAAAAGUAGAAGAAAAUCAUGAAGAUCUGUUCACCCAGGACAUAAACCUGAUCUCCGCAGAGGUACCAGUUGUCAUUGUGAAUGGCAAGGAUGAUGCGCACGAUGUGGAAGAAGAUCUCACUAAGCGGGUCAGCCAGUUAACCACUAGUACUGUGGAGAGCGUAGAGAUUACAAUUAAAACCUCUGAAAAGAUUGAAGAGACCCUGUCCCCGGAGGGGUCGCCUUCCAAAUCCCCAUCAAAGAAGAAGAAGAAAUUCCGCACGCCAUCUUUUCUGAAAAAGGCCAAAAAGAAGGAAAAGGUGGAAGCAUAAGUGCAGCUUUGUUAGGAGGUGACAUUGCACAUUUUUAGACCACAUUUAAGUCGACCAUUAACAUAGUAGCGGUAGGGGUGUGCAGUAAACUGGACCUUAACCUAAGAACAAAACUGGAAAAGGUUUUAUUAAAAGCAGUUUUAUGUUAAUUAAGAAGUUAAUUCAUCUCACACUUAGUGUGUCCAAAAAUUGCUAUGAGGGUUUGAAACGUUCAAUAGUUUUCACGUAGAACUACGCUGGCAGGUGCUCAAGUACCAUCAUAGCAAUAUCGAAUACUGUCACAAUACACAGUAGCAAGUUACACCUGGAGUAUUUUGCAGACUGUAACAUCUUCAGUACAGUGAGUUUCUAAUAAAGUUGCUGUUGAGUGAUCAUACAAUUUUUUUAUUAUUAUUUUUAAACUGCUGCCUCACUUGGUAAUCGGAUCAUACAUUUUGUAUUGUGAUUUUUGACCAUAUAUUUUAUGUUUCUGUACCACUGUUUGAGUGCGUGCAUAUUAACAGCACACCUAUAAAUUUUUUAAGGUUAGAUCACAUAGAAUUAUUAUACACUGGCACAUAAUAUUAGAAGAAAAACUGUGUAAGAGAUUUUAUUUGGAAUUAUACAAAAUGUGUAAGAAUUUCAUUCAUCAAUAACUUUUUGCCAAAUAUUUCAUUUUAGUGAAAUAUAAUUUUUGAAGACUUAUUUUUUAUUCUAUCAGUUGGGGGAGAAAGCCCUUAUUUUUCAAUAAAGGGGAUUUUAUACACUUAACAUUGAUAACUUAGUUUAACUGGCAAAACAAAAAAAAAGAUUUUAUAUGUUGAAAUGUUUGUAUACCAUUCAGUAUAAAAGUAUUAUAAGCAUGUGAACCAAGCAUUUAACAGUAGAGUGUAUUUAAGGAUGCUUGGGUUAGAGUGUACUUAAAUAUAAUUCAGGAAUCCAGGGGCUUAAACACCCAUAAGGUUAAAGCAUAUAAAGUUAACUGGAUUCAUGUUUAAAUCUUACUGUUUUUCUCAUGAUACUGCUAAUGGAUGAAGAAAAAUAAUCUCUUAACAGAACCAAAUGAAGGAAACAAAACUGUUUAAAAGGGAAAGUGAAAUAGCAGGGAAGUAGAAGGAGACAGAGAGUAAAAGUUUGGUGAUUAUUUUUGUUAAAUAUGCGAUAUGGAUUGUGGGAUAUUUUUAUUAAAUCGGCAAAAUGACAUUUCCACGUUAGAAGUUUAAAUGAUUUAUAUGGUUUCAUAUGGAGUUCACCUUAUUUUUUUCACCUUCAUUUGACAUGUCGAAGGGUCUCAUGACUCUGUGUCCUUUGGAUAAACCCAGAACAAAUUAGAGCUUAGUGCCAUGGGUAGUGGAAGUACUGCCACUUGCUCAUUUUUACUGAGGUUUUCAUUUUGCUUCUUUUACUGUAUUGUAAAUACAAACUAAACCUAGAAAUUAACAUAGGGCUUUUUCUUCGCUCUGUCUCAAAAUUGCCAUUGUACAUCAGCCAUUGCAAUAGAAAAUAAAUUUAAAAGAUCAGUGUGAUUCCCAGAUUGCCAGUUGAAAUAUUAUGCAGUAUAUUGAUUGUUUAAAUAUGGCUGGAGGGUUGUUUGGCAUGCAAAAAUGUUGAUUAUAGCAUGUUCUGGGGCUGGUUAGCUUUGAUCGUGUGAGUGUGACAAUGCAGCGUUGGAAUGGAUCCUGGAUACAAUAUUCUAGAUAUCACUAAAUACUGGAAUCAGUGUUUUUAAUCUUAGUGGAACCUUUCAGUUGCUUAACUUGUUUUUUAUGUUCUACAUUAUUUGUGUUGUAUUACAACAUACGUAGAAACAGUAACCUGUGAACUAUGCUUUUCAUAACUUUUUUUUAUUUUUAAAAUAUAUCUAAAUGAAUGCAAUGUGCAUAAAUAUUUUUUAAAAUGCAACCGUGAACUAUUUGCACCUUUUGCUAAUGCCUCUAUUUACUUGCUUUGGCAUAAAGAAUGAGCCAGCCAACUUCGUGUCCUGUGGAAAAUAUAUAAAUGUUAUCUGAAAUUGCUCAUAGAUGUAAUGCUAAUUAAUGUUAAAUCACAAAUAAACAGUAUUUUAAAUAGA